GACAGGCGCAUGUGCGGACUCCUGCCAGGGGUCCUUCAGUUACGGUCUUCAUUCAAGAUGGCAACAGCGCUGCAAUUUCCUGCUAACGUCUCUACGUUGAAUAAUUAUAAUGAAUUAUAUCCUGACUGGACGCAGAGAGAAGUCAGCACCGGGACCACCAUCAUGGCGGUGGAGUUUGACGGAGGAGUGGUGAUGGGCGCUGACUCCCGCACCACCACCGGAGCUUACAUCGCUAACCGUGUGACGGACAAGCUGACUCCCAUCCACGAGCGGAUCUUGUGCUGUCGCUCGGGCUCGGCGGCGGACACACAGGCCAUCGCUGACGCCGUCACCUACCAGCUGGGCUUCCACAGCAUCGAGCUGGACGAGGCUCCUCUGGUGCAGACCGCUGCCAGUCUGUUCAGGGACAUGUGCUACAGGUACAGAGAGGAGCUGAUGGCCGGCAUCAUCGUGGGCGGCUGGGACCCUCGCAGAGGAGGACAGGUGUACACCGUGCCGGUCGGAGGGAUGAUGACCAGACAGCCGGUGUCCGUCGGAGGAUCCGGCAGCAGCUACAUCUACGGAUACGUGGACUCCAACUACAGACCUGGGAUGAGCAAAGAGGAGUGUCUCAAAUUCACCGCAGGAGCGCUGUCUCUGGCCAUGGAGAGGGACGGCUCCAGCGGUGGAGUGGUCAGACUAGCGGUCAUCUCGGAGCAGGGUGUGGAGAGACAGGUCAUCCUCGGGAACCAGCUUCCCAAGUUCUCCACCGUCUGAAUCCCAUCUGUGCUUUAGUUUUUCUAGAUGUUUGUCUCACAAAGUUCAAAUAAACAGGACUGACGUUGAA